GGUCCUUUUUGACAGCAACAACACGCGUGUUCGGACGGCAUAAGUAGUGGGAUAGAAAUUUUAACAAAUUUCUACCCGUUUUGUGUGCCUAAAAGCGUUCCAAAAACGCUGCCACCAUGCGUAUCGAGACGUGCUUUUUCUGCUCGAACAAAAUCUAUCCCGGGCACGGGAUGGUUUUCGUGCGAAACGAUUGCAAAGUAUUCCGAUUCUGUCGCUCGAAAUGCCGCCGUGCGUUUAACAAAAAGAAGAACCCGCGCAAGAUCCGCUGGACCAAAGCGUACCGCAAAACGAACGCGAAGGAGCUUACCGUCGAUCCGAGCUUCGAGUUCGAGAAGCGGCGCAACGUGCCGGUCAAGUACGAUCGCGAGCUGUGGAACAAAACGAUCGAGGCGGUGAAGAAGAUCAACGAAAUCAAGCACCGGCGCGAGUGUCACUUCGUGAUGGAACGUUUGCGAAAGGCACGCGAGUACGAGAUACAUCGGGACAUUGUGGAUGUGCAGAAGAACAUUGCUCUUAUCCGUUCGCCCGCCAUUGGGCUGAAGGAGCGCCGGGCGAAGGAGGAAGCACAGGAAUCUGCCCUCUUGAUGGACGUGGAGGAAGGAGAAGGCGAGGAAGAGAUCCAGUACGUCGAUGCCCGCAAGCUCGAGAAGCAGCUGGAAGAGUCGGCCGCACUCGCGGAUGAGGAGGAAAUGCUGCGAGCGUAA